AUGUUGCCGACCCCUCCAGCAUCUCCAACACUCAAUGGAUUUCGCGCACCCGAGGAUCGUCUAGGCCAAAUCCUGGCAGGCAGGCUACAGCUGACUGGUAUAUUGGGCGUGGGUGCAUACGGUGUAGUAUACACUGCUGUCGACAUCCAGACCAACAUUCCAUAUGCCGUCAAGGCCUUGAACAAGAUUGGCCUGGAGCCACGUCAAAGGAAGUUCCAGGAGCGCGAGAUAUCCCUGCAUCAUCGUGCCAGUGCUCAUCCCAAUGUGGUUUCCCUGGUAAAGAUCAUGGAUUCGCCCGACUGCACCUUUGUAGUCAUCGAGUACUGCCCAGAGGGUGAUUUGUUUUCGAACAUCACAGAGUGCGGCAAGUACGUCGGAAAUGACGAACUCGCACGCAAUGUGUUUUUGCAAAUACUGGAUGCCGUAGAAUAUUGCCACUCCAUUGGAAUUUACCACCGGGAUUUGAAGCCUGAAAACAUUCUGGUAACAGAUCAUGGCAACACGGUCAAGCUCGCCGACUUUGGACUUGCCACCACGGAUUGCCUCACCUCGGACUUCGGAUGUGGAUCUACCUUUUACAUGUCACCUGAGUGCCAUCAAAGCUCACCAAAGGCCUAUAGUUGCUAUGCUUCGGCACCGAAUGACAUCUGGUCACUAGGUGUGAUUCUCGUCAACCUAACCUGCGGUCGCAAUCCAUGGAAGCGGGCGUCUUUCGACGAUUCCACAUUCCGGGCGUGUAUGAAGGAUCCUAAAUUCCUCCGUUCCAUUUUGCCCAUCUCGGCCGAGCUUGACGAUGUGCUCAAGCGCAUCUUUGAACUCGACCCUACCAACAGGAUCACCAUUCCAGAAUUGAGAGCUCGGAUUGAAUCGUGCCCGUCCUUUAGCGCGCGUGCUGCAACUGCAUCACCAGCUCCUCAACCACCGCUCAGUAUCCCAACUUCACCCUACCACCACGCCAAUUAUUCACAGGAGAAUGUUUACGCUGGAGCUGCCAAGCCCUCGGGUCCCAUGGUCACUCUUCCCUCGCCCCCUGCUUCUCCUACUCACUAUACCCCCCCUCAAUACCUCCAUCCAGACCUUUCCCAUGGCAGCGCAGGCUCUGGUUGCAGCUCUGUGUUUUCGGCUUGCUCGUCGACCUCUUCUGCCUCGUCGACUUCUUCCUACGUUCUGGCUCCUACUGCCAGGAAGGUUCCGCAGGGGAUGUUUCAACCACAAGCUUCUCCCGCACCUUGCCCUGCUCCGAAUACGUGGUAUUCCCGGUUUGCUCCACUCGCACAAACCUUCCAGUCAACACACCUACCCCAGCUCCGGGUUUACUAG